AUGCAUCUUAGCUUUAGCAAUGUUCCAGAAUUAAUUUACGAUAGGCUCAUUCCAGAAGCUUCUAAUAUUGAUAGCCCACUUCUCCAAAAAAUCAUCUCUAUUAAUUGCAGCAAAGACUUGAAAGAUCUUUUGGAACUAGAAAACGAAGUAUUUACUUAUGCCUAUUCACAAUGUAUAUAAACGUUCUAAUCAAUCAGCACUUCUAUUUCCUAUGAAAUUAGAUAAAGGCUGCAAUAUAUAAAUGUCUGCGCUUAUUAUAAAUAUUAUGUGAAUCUCAAGACAAGUUAACUCGCACUCUUACGAUUUUAUUAUAUGAGUCUUGCUGUUUUCAAGUAUCUUUGUAUUCUAAUCCCUUUAAUUCAGAAAUGCUAGAGUUUUCUAUUGAUAAGCUUUGAAACAUCAGCAAAAAAUGCCCUUAUUUUAUUAGAGAAGAUUCAAUUCGAGAAAUUAUUCAUCGAAUAGUUUAUGUUAUUACGAAAAAUGAUAUCGAAGAAAGCCCACAAAAGUGGUUAGCCCAAAUAAAUCGGCUUAAAAGUAUGAUGUUUUAUGUAUUAGACGAUGAAUUAGCUGAGCUGGCUAGCAAAAAUUUCAAAUAUAAAUAUAAAAAUAUAAAAUGGAACCUCAAGAUAAUUUCAGCUUUUGAAUGAGUUGGGCUGGCUAUUCCAUUGACCAAAAGAUCAAAACUUAAAGAAGCGUUUGCAUUUUUCUCAAAAAUAUUUAAAGAAAAUGAAAUAAUUAAAAAAUCAAGCUGAUAUAAAAAAGAGAAAUUUUUAGGCUGAUUUAGCAAUAUGGAUCAGUCGCCUACUACUGUGAUUGUUGCAAAGCUCGCUUUUGAGAUAUAUUUGCCUUUGAGCGAAUACUUAAAUAAUGAAGAUUUAUAUGAUAAGAAUUGAUUUAAAAUAGAAAGAGAUCUAUUUUUAAAUUAUUUAGGAAAUUAUCCAAAUGAAAUAAGAAUAGCACUAAAUGAUGCAAUGAAAAAAUAUAAAAAAUAUAAACAAUCAAGCCAAAAAUAUAAAGACGAAAAUUUUCAUAAAAUUCAGAAGAUCUUGUCAAAAAUUAUAAUCGAUGACCCUGAGAUAUAUUUGGAUUUUCAAAUGCUCGGUAUUUUUAAGCUAUUCAAGCCGCUUAAAUUUUAUCCAAAGUUAAUUUCAUCACAAAAAGAAAUUAGGUAUGGUAUAAUAUUGCAUUUAAAUGAAUUCUCAGCACCGGAAGUUAAGGUCCGGAAAGCAAAAAUCAUUACAAAUCAAAAAGAAGUAGCUGUAAAAACUUAUUCUUGCAAAAAUCGUGAUUUAUUAUAUAAAUUCCAAAAAGAAAGAGAUAUUCUGCACAUGCUUUCAGGAAAACAUAAAGUAUUUUUGAAAUUUUAUGGAUCAUUUUGGUCAAAAAUAAAUAUAAAUAAUGAAAUUAUUUAUUCGUUCUCAAUAGUAAUGCAACUAUGCGAGAAAUCUUUACAAUAUGAUAUAGAAAAUAGUGUAAAUUACUCAGAAAUAAAAUGCUGCAAUACAAUUGGGAAGAUACUUGAAGGGUUUACAAUUUUAGAAAGAAUGGAAGUUUAUCAUCAUGAUAUCAAGCCUCAUAAUAUAUUAAUUACUAAAACAGGAAACCCAAAAAUCGCUGAUUUCGGAAUAACUAUACUUGGGUUAAAGUGAAAUUCUGCAUACAGCCAGUCAAAAGAUGAUUUAUUAAAAGGAACAACUUAUUAUAUAUCUCCUGAACUUGCAGAAGCCCGCGAAAAUUUAAAAAAAAAACCAAACUUAAAAAUUACUAUUAACCCAAGAUAUGCUGAUAUUUAUUCUCUGGGAUUAGUUUUAUCUCAAAUUUGAAAAUUGAAAUUGCUUCAUUCUAAAAAUGACCAAAAUUUUCAUGAAUUAAUUUUAAAAAUGCUUACUCACCGCCCCCGUAAGCGAACAAAAAAAUCUGCUCCCUCAGGUACUCAGGUAGGGGUUAAUAUUUUUUCCGAAUUUAAAAAAUUCCACUUCUUGAAAAUUGGAAGGCGAAAAUUAAUCUAAUUUAAAAAAUUUAUGUUUUAAAACGCAAUUUUUUUUAAAAUUAAAAAUAGAAUUAGCUAGAGAUUUCAUGAUACUAGUUAUCACUUAUAUAUCAAAAUUUUUUCCCAUAAAAAUUUUUCUAUUUAAAAAAUUUUAUUAUCACGGAGGAUGAGUUUUCGGGGAUUUUCUAAUUGUUUUGUUCGCUCAUGGAGGGGGAAGUUUAAUAAAAACUAUUGGGAAAGACUUGGAAUGUAUUCAGUGUAUUUUCUAUUUUUUAAUUUCCUAGGUAAAGAUAGGCCUGAUAGCGUUGAGAACCUAUCGAGUUUUGAAGCCGAAGAAUUUAAUCAGGAAAAUAAUUUUGAUUUUCCAAAAAAAUAUAAUUAUAUGGAUAGAAUUUUCAGUAACUGUAUUUAUAAGAGUCCUCCUGAAAUAUGAGGCAACUUUAAAAAAGAAAUUAUCAUUAGUGGAACACUUAUCUCUGAUAAAAAAGAUGUUGGAGCAAUAAUAUUAUCUAAUCCUAAUCAUAUGGAGCUUAUCCCUUAUGAAAAAGAAGCUCAAACCUGAUUGAAAAUUUCAAAGGAAAAUAAUAAAACUAUUCUAUUAGCUUUUAAAUUACUCCAUAUAAAUGACGAUCAAGAAAUGCUAAGUAAGCUUGUAAUGGUAACAGAAAAAAUGAAAAAUAAUUCAUUAUAUGAUGAAAUAUUUAUUAGAGAUUUAAUUGAACAAAAAUAUUCUGAAAACGAGAUAUUGAAAUUUUUAUGUGAGCCAUUCAUGAAAGAUUUUUUAAAAGUAUUGAAAAAUGCAGAUAUUAAUUUAAAUAAUGACUUUACGAAAUCAUUUAUGGAGACCGAAAAUGGAUUUAAAUUGGUGCCUUUUAUAAGAAAUGAAAUAGAAGCUUUCUAUAAUUUAUCCGAAAAUAGAGAGAUUUCAAAUUUUAUUUCGCUAGGUAAAAUGAUUUAUAGUAUGGCAACUUUAAAAUUUGAUUACCAUGAUUUCAUUACAGAAAUAGAAACAUUUGCAGAAAACUUGAUACAUUCUCAUAGGAGAAAAGAACUUUUAUUAAAAUUCGAAGAAAUUCUCAUAAAAUUCAUCGGAGAGAUCUCUUUAAAUGACUAUAUAUUAUUCUAA